AUGGAAAUGAAAGAGGAUGUUGAGGGUGGUAAGCAGAGAGGAGUAAGAGAAGCAUUGUUAGGGGAAAACAACAAACAACUUGUCAAUGAAACCAAACAUCAUGAUCAUCCAUGGAUGGUUUACUUCACCACAUUCAUUGCUGUUUGUGGUUCUUUUGAAUUUGGUACUUGUUGCGGUUAUUCAUCUCCAACUCAAGAAGCUAUCAGGAAGGAUCUUAAUCUGUCUUUGGCAGAGUACUCCUUGUUUGGCUCCAUCUUGACUUUCGGUGCGAUGAUUGGUGCAAUAACAAGUGGUCCUAUUGCUGAUUUCGUUGGUCGAAAGGGGGCAAUGAGAGUACCGAGUGCUUUCUGCAUUGCAGGAUGGCUUGUUAUUUAUUUUUCAAAAGGUCCAGUUUCUUUGGAUAUUGGGAGACUAGCAACAGGAUAUGGAAUGGGAGUCUUUUCAUUUGUGGUUCCAAUCUUCAUAGCAGAAAUCUCACCAAAAGAACUCCGAGGAGCCCUCACUACCUUAAAUCAGUUCAUGGUUGUUACUGGGGCAUCCACAGCAUUCGUAAUUGGCACAAUACUUUCAUGGAGGGCUUUAACUUUAGUUGGACUUAUUCCCAAUGCUGUGUUGCUUUUGGGUCUAUUCUUCAUUCCAGAGUCUCCUAGAUGGCUUGCAAAGAGAGGACGAACGAAAGAUUUUGUUGCUGCAUUGCAAAUACUUCGCGGUAAAGAUUAUGAUAUAUCUCAUGAAGCGGAAGAAAUUCAGGAUUAUAUAACUACUUUAGAAAAACUUUCAAAACCGAAGGUGCUGGAUUUGUUUCAAAAAAGAUAUUUACGCUCACUCACGAUUGGAAUAGGCCUAAUGAUCUGCCAGCAAUUUGGUGGAAUCAACGGAGUUGUUUUUUAUGCCAGCAGUAUUUUUGACCUAGCAGGAUUUCCUUCCACGGCCGGGAGUAUAUAUUUUGCUAUUUGUCAGAUUGUGAUCACAGGUGUUGGAGCAACCCUCAUAGAUAAAGCAGGCAGGAAGCCCCUACUAUUGGCAUCUGGAUCAGGAAUGAUUGCAGGAUGUAUAUUUAUGGCAGUUGCAUUCUAUCUUAAGGUUCAUAAUGUGGGUGUGGGGGAAGUCCCAGCACUGGCUGUAACCGGCAUACUCGUCUACGCAGGAUCAUUUUCAAUAGGAAUGGGAGCAGUUCCAUGGGUUGUGAUGUCUGAGAUAUUUCCUGUGAACAUUAAAGGACAGGCAGGAAGCAUAGCCACAUUAGUGAACUGGUUUGGUGCAUGGUUAUGCUCCUACACUUUCAACUUUCUCAUGAGUUGGAGUUUAUAUGGUACCUUCAUUCUUUAUGGUUGGGUCAAUGCAGUAGCUAUAUUAUUUAUAGUUUUAGUAGUUCCAGAAACCAAAGGUAAAAGCCUUGAACAAUUACAAGCAGCCAUUAACGUGUAG